AUGGCUUCUACGCCCGAAGACCAGCCCAAGAAAGAUCCCGGUCAGUCCUCGGAAGAGAAUCAGGACAACCCUCCGGCUGCUUCCAGCGAUAAACCCCCACAACCGACGAAGUAUCCACCGGCUAUGGGGUACCCAUACCUAAACAUACAUGGGCAACCUGCCUAUCCGCCGCAGCCCGGUUACCCUCCAAACGCUAACAAUGCUGCCUACCCUUAUGAUCUACAGCCACCGCCAGCAGAGUGUUACCGCACCUCGAACUCAUGCACAGGCUUCUUUCGCGGCUGUUUAGCGGCCUUAUUUGUAUUUGUCUUCCUUUCGUUCCUGUCCAAUCUGGUCAGUUGGUUCUUAGUACAUCCAGAAAUCCCAGUUUUCUAUGUCGACAAGUUCUCCGUUAGCAGUUUCAACGUCUCCGAUGAUGUCGCUCAUGUGACGGGCAUUUGGGAAGCCGACAUUACUGUUCAAAAUCCCAACCACAAACUGAAAAUUUACUCUAAUCGGAUUGACAAUUACGUGUUUUACGAGGAUGAAGUAUUAACGUCGUCCUCGCUUGGGCGGCGUAUGUUCCUGGAUACAAAGGCACAAGACUCGUUUCACGUGACGCUAUCCAGGAAUAACACGCUUGAUGAAAACAUGCUGCCUAAGUCGAUAGAAAACGCCAUUGAACAGGAGUACAAGGACAACGGCUGGGUGAGCUUUAGUUUUAGGAUGCUGGCUUGGACAACCCUCGAAUAUGGAUCAUGGUGGAGGAGUCUGAAAACAAUGGAAGUUCUCUGUGAUAAUCUGAAAGUUGGUUUUGUGGGUGCCACAGGCAAUGUAAAGUUUCUUGCAGAUCAGCCACGGCGGUGCGCAGUUUAUGUGUGA